AUGCGCAGCAAGUUCAAGGACGAGCACCCCUUCGAGAAGCGCAAGGCCGAGGCCGAACGUAUCCGACAGAAGUAUGCGGACCGCAUUCCUGUCAUCUGCGAGAAGGUCGAGAAGAGCGACAUUGCCACGAUCGACAAGAAGAAGUACCUGGUUCCCGCCGACCUGACUGUCGGUCAGUUCGUCUACGUCAUCCGCAAGCGAAUUAAGCUCUCCCCCGAGAAGGCCAUCUUCAUCUUCGUCGACGAGGUCCUCCCCCCGACCGCCGCCCUCAUGAGCAGCAUCUAUGAGGAGCACAAGGACGAGGAUGGCUUCCUCUACAUCACCUACUCCGGCGAGAACACCUUCGGUACCGCUUGA